AUGGCUGCCGUGAAUCGUCCCACUGAUACUAAGCAGAAGGAGCAGGAUAUUAACGCCAAGCUCCAACUGUUUGGAAUCUACCAUGCCUUCAAGAACAGCAAACUUCCCUCCAACAAGCAGUGCGAUAUUGCCUUGAAUAGUGCCCUUGCCUCCAAGGCCCUCUCAUCGCCACCGGCGGACCUUUCCGACGAUGGCAAAGUUCUCGUCAAGGACCUGCGUAACGUCAUCGAACAGGCCAAGCAAUUGCUGCUGACCAAGAACGAGGGCGAGCUCCUGCAAGACUUCAUCUGGCAAGCCCAGAAGAUUUCCGCCGGCGAUGCCAAGGCUCCCAACGUCCCUAUCUCAAAGGAGUCUGGCAAGCAGGACGGCGAGAGGACACUGCAGGGUCUCAAGACCUUGGGAACGCUCCUCAUUACCAAUGGAGAGUUCCGCAAAAUUCUGAGUGACGCAACUGUCUUGCUGCGUGAUAUCGCCGCCGAUGCCUCCCAAAAGGCUGCCAACCAGGUCCGCCCAUCGGAGGAUCAACUUGCCCAGAUUGAUACCCCCGCUGAGGAAAACGUAUGGCACGAGAAGCCCAACGUUAACAAGGACGAUCUGAAGAACCGCUUCAAGAAAAACAAGGGCGAAAAGGCAAGUGUAGCCUCCACUUCAGUUGUUGAGAACCCCGAAGUCGGCGAUGAUGCAUCUGUUUCCCCUUCGGAACAGAGCCGUACCAAGCAGUAUGCCAACAAGACCAAGGACUACCUCAAUGAUAAAAUCCCCAAGGAGCGUCGUGAGCAGACCAUCUGGCGCUUGAAGAAGAUGAUCAUUGAGAUCCAAGGCCACGCUGAUUACCAGCAAGCUAUUGAAACCCUACUUGAGCUAGCUGAGAAGUACGCUGGACACACCAAGACGGCCGGUACCCAGAGUGGCGGUGCUGUUAAGGAUGUCCGCGCUACCGACAGCGUCCAAGCUGUUGAGUACAACUUGCGCACCCUCAUCGAGCGCUUUGCCAACAACACCUCUCUGUCUGACUUCUUCGAGUCCCUGAACAACAUCUACCGUGAUGCUGACAAGGACCCUGAGCUUCGCGGUUGGUUCAAGAACAUUGACACUUACAUCCGCAAGUGCCUGCGCGAGCAAGGCUUCAUUAUGGAGGAUGAGGCCACCAGACAGUGGAAUGAGCUGUACGACAAGGGCCGCUACUUGAUCCGUGAGCGCUACCGCUCCCACAGCGACCGCAUCAUCGACGAGAUCAAGUUCCUCGCCGAUCAGUUUGAUAAGGAUCCCCGCAACAAGGCCUUGUCCGAGUCUAUUCAGACCCUCUUCAAGGAUCUGGGUCGUGAUUCUGGCGGCAAGGUUGUCUUCAAGAAGCACCUGCUCACCGAUCUCCGCGACAUCAUCCUGCCCGGAAUCUUCGAGAACGUCCGCUACGUUCCCAUUCCCCGUAUUGAGGUGUCCGACCCCACGGUUGAUGUUGUCAUUGAGAACCUCGUCAUUGAGAGUGACAACCUGAUGCCCAACGUGGUCGAGUUCGGCAGUGACAACUACUUCCGUUGGGGCCGCAAGAAGAUCUCCAACAAGCGUGACAACAAGAUCAUGAUCUCCGCCUCUGGUAUCCAGGCCGAUCUGCGCGACGUCAGCUACUACAUCAAGAAGAAGCAGGGCUUCCCCUCCAUCACCGACACCGGUAUCAUGGACAUCCUGCUCAGCGGCGACGGCUUCGGCUUCAAGAUUGCCGCCUCCACCGUCAACAAGGGUGACAAGCAGCACAUCGUCAAGCUGGACAAGGUCUCGGUCAACAUCAAGAACUUCGACAUCAAGCUGAAGAAAUCCAAGCACAAGGUCCUGUUCUCCACCUUCAAGCCCAUGCUCUUCCGCGUCGUCCGCCCCGCCCUCGAGAAGGUCGUCGAGGCCCAAAUCCGCGAAGCCUUCAACAAGGGUGACGCCUGGGCCAACGAGAUCUCCAUCGAAGCCAAGAAGGCCGCCGAGGCCGCCCGCGAGGACCCCGAGAACGCCCCAAGCAUGUUCUCCCGCUACGCCGACGCUAUCCGUGCGCGCAGCCAGGCCAAGGCCAAGCAGGCCGAGGCCGUCGUCAAGCGCGACACCAAGGUCCAGACCGUCAUGACCAUGCACGACUCCAUCUUCCCCGACGUCAAGCUGCCCGGCGGCGUCUCCACCAAGGCCACCGAGUACGCCGAUCUGGCCGCCAAGGGCGAGCGCUGGGAGUGCCCCAUCUUCAGCAUCGGCAGCGCCUCCGAGUCCACCGGUAUCGCUUCCGCCGGCCCCGUCACUCGCAAGCCCCACACCACUGCUGACGGCAAAGUCGGUGGAGCCACCAGCGGAGCCACUAGCGGCGUUGCUGGCGGAGUUGCUGGCGCCGUCGCUGGCGGUGCGGCGGGCAACGCUGCUGCGGCUGGAGCCUCGGGCUCUACUGCCCAUGCUACCUCUGGCACUAAGGUCGAUGGAUAUCCCUCGCGUGGAUUCUCGGAUGAGCUCGACCAGGCUUUCGUCAACGGCAAGGGUGUCAGUGACGUUAAGCACACUAACGGUGCCGCUCAGGUGGUUAACGGCUCGAUCGUUAAUCCUUAA